GUUUCAUGGUGAGGGGUAUCAGGAGGGGUAUGCUGAAGGCAGUCAUGUUGGAGCUGUUGAGGGAAGGAGGUAUGGAUCGCUCCAUGGUGCCAAGAUUGGGUCUGAGAUUGGCUGCUACCUUGGGUUUGCACUGACAUGGCAGUGUCUGCUCCAGAAAUGCACAGAUGAAAAGAACAGCAAAAAGAUAAGGGCUCUGGAUUCAUUAAUAGGGAUGAUUCAGAAAUUCCCAUAUGAAGACCCCACUUACGAUAAGCUGCAAGAAGAUCUGGAAAAAAUCAGAGGAAAAUUUAAACAGGUUUGUUCAAUGCUAAAUAUUCAGUCUGAUUUUAGAAUCGGUACUGAAAGAUCUUCACUAACAUUUUGAAUAUAACAGAUGAAGAUAAACAUGGAUGACCAAAGAAGAAACAUUAAAAGAACAGAUAACUGGAAAA